CAUGAUUUAUAGAUAUUGGAAUUUGAGAAAUAUUUAAAAUUUUGAAUAUUUCACAAAUAAGUACAGUACUUUACUGUAUCAGAGUCGAUAGAUUAAUUAACCGACUCUGACUGUAUUUAGCAUUCAUGGAUGACCUUGAAAGUUCGUCUGCUCAAUCUGGAUAAGCCUUAAAUGCAGAUUCGAUUUGUCACCUUGCAGUCCCGAUUAAAACAUUUCAGACGUCAGUUUUUUCAUGAAAGAGAGAAUAUGGAGCAUAAAGGACGACGUUUAUUUAUCGUUAGACACGCCGAAAGAGUCGAUUUUACUUUUGGCGAUUGGAUCUCUUUUUGUUUUGACAAAUCAGGUAAUUAUAAAAGAACAAAUUUAAAUAUGCCAGAAUCUGUUCCACAUAGAAUUGGUGGACCAAGAGAUUUUUUUAAAGAUUGUCCACUUACAAAAAUUGGUUUAUAUCAAGCUACUCUAACAGGGGAAGCUAUGAAAAAGUCUGGUGUUGUUUUUAGUCAUGUUUAUUGUUCACCAUCUCUCAGAUGUAUUGAAACUUGCACAGCUAUAUUGAAAGCUUCAGGAAAUUAUCAUACGCUUAUUAAUGUGGAACCUGGAUUAUUUGAAUGGUUAGCUUGGUAUCAUGAUGGAAUGCCUAAAUGGAUGACUUUACAAGAGUUAAAAAGUUAUGGAUUUAAUAUUUGUAUGGACUAUAAACCAGUUAUAACAGUUGAUGAACUGCAAGGUAAACUUGAACCUAGUGAACAAUAUUACAUGAGAAGUUUAUGUACAACUGAAACAAUUUUAAAAAGAACAGGUGCUGCAGGAAAAACCAUUUUAUUAGUUGGACAUGCUGCAACUUUAGAUACAUGCACACGUCAGCUUGUGGGAAAUCCUCCUAGAAAUGGACAAGAACUACAAAGUCUUGUUUAUCAUAUUCCUUAUUGUAGUGUUGCUAUGGCAGAAGAAGAAGAUGGUAAAUGGAAAUUAGCAGAACCACCUUUCCCAUCUUUAAUGCAUUCAAAUAAUGCUAGAUUUGAUUGGACUUGUUUAUUAUCUUGAUUCCAAAAUAUGAUGAUUCUAAUCCAAGUUAGAAAGUUGACAUAAACAGAAAAUGGAGAAACACAAAACAAGAAUAAGACAAGGAGAAACUAGUUGGAAAGUGCAUAGAAAAACACAAUAUCAUAAAGUGAGAAUUUAGUGUAAUUAAAUUGACAAGCUAUUUAAUUAAUUUUUAAAAGACUUUUAUAUGAAAUAUGGUUAAAAACAAUCAUUGCUCAUAAUUUAACAUGAGAAUUUAACAAAAUGAAAAUAUGGCAAAAUAAAUGGAAAAUAUUUCAUAUCAAACAAUAACUACAUUACAUUCUUAUUUGUCAUACAUGCAAGAUUUUUAUCUUACAUAGUCAAAGCAAACCGAUAAUAUUGUGUAUUAUUAUCAGAAGAGGAAAAAAAAUUUGAUUUGAUACAAAAUAAUUGUAAUGUAGUUAGCAAACAUUCAGGACAAAACACAUUAACAUAAUAUUUAGAAAUAUUACAAAACUUUAUAAGCAUGAGUCAAUACUUCAGAAAUAUACCAUUAUGAUGAUUAGAAAGAUCUAAAUUCUGCAUAAAAAAUUGAAAAUUACUCAGUUAUAUAAUAUUUAAUAUAGUGUCAAAAUUUUUAUUUUAUUAAAACUUUGACAAUUAAUUUUGAUUUAUUAAUUAGUAUUUUUUAAAUAAAUAAGUUGUAUUAAUCAAAAGUUUAAAAUAAAAACUUGUCACUAUUAAGUAUACAGUACUUAUCUAAAAUUGUAAAUAAUGUCUGUAUUAUCCUGCAAACAAUCAAUGAAUUGAACAUUUUUAUGUUCUUAUAGUGAACUGUGCAAGAAAAAUAGCACAAAUAGGUAUUAUUGCAUUAAAAUUAUGUAAAUAUGUGUGAUUCAAAAUCUCAUAGAUUAUUUAUUUUUACUGAUGAAUUUAGAUUUGUGAAAAAUUUGUUGUAUAUUGGACAAAAGAUUUAAUAGGUAAUAAUUUUUAACUAUGUGUAUGAAGGAACUUAAUUUAUAUAGGAAAUUACAUUAAUGAUGUAUGUAAAUGUGAAUGAGUAAUAAAGAAUAAACUUGUAAUUUAAGAAAGCCAAGAAAAUAAAAGUAAACUGAAAAAUUGCUUUAUUUUUAUUUACAUAUAAUUUGUAAGAGAUCCAUUUAAUCAAUAUUGUAUUAGGAAAAUUACUGUACUUUUCCUAAUGACUAAGAAGCAGAACAAACAUUUUCAAGUGUUAAUGUUUAGUCUUUAUCAAAUGCAUUUAAUAAGAAUUUUCAUCAGUUGUAGAACAAAAAUAUCUAUCAUUGUAAAAUAGUUUUUUU